AUGGAUGCCACUGAACUCUCUUUUGGGGUUGUGAUUUUGUUACAGUUCAGCAUUGGGGUCUCAGUGAAUGGAUUCCUCCUUCUGUUUUAUUCCUGCAAGUUCUGUGCCAGCCACAAACUCAGUUCCUCAGACUUGAUCCUUGCCCACCUGGCCUUAGGUAACACCAUCAUUUUUCUAACUGGUGGAAUCCUAGAGACUGUAUCUGCUUGGGGAUUGAGAAAUUUCCUAGAUGAUGUAGGAUGUAAAAUCCUCAUGUACCUGUAUCGAGUGGCCCGUGGCCUGGCCAUCUGCACCACCUGCCUCCUAAGCAUCUUCCAAGCCAUCACCAUCAGUCCCAGCAACUCCUGGUGGGCAGGAGUCAAAACCAAAUUACCCAGGUGCCUCCUCCCCUUCUGUCUACUGUCUUGGAUCUUCAAUAUGUUAAUAGACAUCGACAUCCUCAUGAACACAACAGGCCCAAAGAACAGGAGCAGUGUUCAAAUCCCACUUUAUCUCAAAUAUUGCUCAAGCAUCAGUAUCAGUGCAAAAGCCACCCUGAUGAUUGCCAUUGUACAUUCCCUCUGGGAUCUGUUCUUUGUGGGACUCAUGAGCAUGGCCAGUGGUUAUAUGGUGUUUGUCCUUGCUAGACAUCACAGGCGGGUCCAGCACCUUCACCAGCCCAGCAGCUCCCCCAGGGCUAUGCCUGAGGUCAGAGCUGCUAAGAGAGUCAUUGCCUUGGUGAUGCUGUAUGUCCUCCUGUAUGGACGACAGACAGUCAUGCUGAGCAUUAUACUAAACAUGAAAGAGAAGUCUCUUCUGCUGGUGAACAGUCACAUGGUGUUGGCAUUCACCUUCUCAGCUGUGAGCCCAUUCCUAGUGAUUCACAGUGAUAAGAGGGUGAAAACAUUAUGGAAAAGGAAAUCUUCUGUUUCCAAUACAAAUCCAUCAUAG